AUGGAUUUCCCCUCUGUUGUUCAGCGGAUGGCGUACGGUAGGGGACAUUGCGACGACACCGUGGACGUGUUGGACUAUCAGGGUCACAUAUUCUGGGACCAGGAGACAUGGAUGUAUCCACCUAUAUUGAUGAUGCAGCCACAGAUGAGCAGACUACAGCUGAAGAUAAGGCUGGAACAUCUGCAAGAAGCACUGAAUAAAGCGCAGAACUAUAGUUAUAGUGGAGCCAUGUUUCCCUGGGAAAGUGCAUAUACAGGUGUGGAUGUAUGCCCCUGGUAUCCAGCAGUUGCCCUAGAGCAGCAUGUGACUGGUGACAUAGCGUUUGCCUUCUGGCAGUACAUGCACAUGAACGCAGACAAAACGUUCAUCAAUUCUGCAGAGGAUCUCAUCAUGGCAAUCGCAAAUUUCUGGGAGAGUCGUGCGCUUUACAACAAAGAACGAGAGCAAUAUGAGAUACAUGACGUGAUGGGGCCGGAUGAAUGGCAUUACCCGGUCAACAACUCCUGCUACACGAACACCAUCGCACAGAUCAGCCUGCGACUUCCCUCGGAUGCCUUCCCAGACUCACCGCGCCUGAAACAGAAGUGGAUAGACAUUGCUGACCACAUGUACGUGCCCUUUGAUGCAAAGAUGAACUACCAUCCACAGCACGACGGCUACGACCCUUAUUAUGACGACAACAAUACUGACGACACAAGACCAGACUUUAUGGUGAAGCAGGCAGACGUUGUGCUACUAGGAUUUCCACUGAUGCAAGAGUCUGAUGAAGUGGUGAGACGCAAUGACCUCGUCAUAUACGAAGAGGUUACAAGCACGAAAGGGCCAGCAAUGACAUGGGGCAUGUUUGCCAUUGCCUGGCUGGAGCUGAGAGAUUAUAAGAAGGCUGAAGAGUUAUUUCUCAAGAAUCAGCAAUACACCGUAGAACCGUUCAAGGGCUUCAGGAUCAGGAGUGACAAGCUCGACUUUGAACCAGUACUGCCACCUGGAACCACUAAACUGGUGCUAACGCACUUGGACUAUAAGCAAGGAAGCUUUACCUUCACCAUAACUAAAGACGUUGUCAGUGUCAGUAUGCUGGAAUCUGGUGGUCAGGGGUUCAGCUUGUAUGUGUAUGAGACAGAGAAAAAUCUAACGUUAGAGGUGGGGAAACCACUGGAUAUUCCCAGAGCCAAGACGGCACUAGUACAUUUGGGUGCAUUGAAGAAAACUGGCUCGUCAUCUGUGCGUACAGUCUCACUGGCUGUUGCCGUAGCUGGUGUUCUGGCUGGCUGGAUACUAGCGGAAGUAGGAUUAUACUAGUAGAGGUUAUGAACCAGAGGUCCAGAUUUUUAUACUGAAAUUCUAGCAGGCCUGUUGUUAUGUUUGAUGCUGCUACUGCUACUGCUGGUGGCAAUAAAAAGUGGACUUUUAUGUUAUUUUGAUAAAAUCGUGAUAUCUAUGAAUUUGAGUUUUCAUGGGAUUUAGAAAAGAAAUGCAGAAUUUUGUAAAAUAUGUAUAUAAACGUUCACCUGAUCAAACCUGUGAUUGUAUAAAAUAACAUUAGUCAACUCUAUUUUGGAACAGAGUGAAAUAUAUGGUUCUUUUAAGUCAGAUAGUCCAUGGGUUGGAAUCU